AUGUUUGUGACAGGGUUCGGAGUAUUUACGAGUAUCACCACCGCAACAGGCUACGACGACUCCCGCGGCGACUACUACCUCACCAAACACGACCACAUCAACUACCGCUACGAGAUCCUCUCCCUCCUCGGCAAAGGCUCCUUCGGCCAAGUCGUCCGCUGCUACGACCACAAAACAAAAGCCAACGUCGCUCUCAAGAUCAUCCGUAAUAAGAAACGGUUCGAGCGACAAGGGGCGGUGGAAGUUAAGGUUCUGGAGAGGUUGAGGGAGGAGAUUGGGAGGGGUGGGGGGGAGAGUACGGUGCAGAUGGUGGAGAGUUUUGCCUUUAGGGGCCAUCUCUGUGUUACUUUUGAGCUUCUGGGGAUUAAUCUUUAUGAGUGGUUGAAGGCGGGCGGGUUUAGGGGGGUGCAUGUGGGGGUUAUUAGGAGGUUCACAUUCCAAAUGUUGAAAUGCUUGGAGCUACUGUGUAGAGCCAGCAUUGUUCACUGCGAUCUCAAGCCUGAGCCCUCCGCCCUCAGCGUGGACCCCGUCCCGACCGACUUUGAUCCUAACCGCCCGGCUUAUGAUAUCAAAGUGAUUGAUUUCGGGAGCAGCUGCUUUGAGGAUGAGAAGGUGUAUACGUAUGUCCAGAGCAGGUUUUAUCGGAGUCCUGAGGUUAUACUUGGCCUCACAUACAACACCGCAAUCGACAUCUGGUCCCUCGGCUGCAUCCUUUGCGAGCUCUACACGGGCUACCCGCUCUUCCCCGGCGAGAACGAAACCGAGCAACUCGCCUGCAUCAUGGAAGUCCUCGGCGCCCCCGACCUCGCCCUCGUCGACAGGGGUAACCGGCGUAAAGUCUUCUUUGAGCCCUCGGGUAACCCCAGAUUGGUCACGAAUUCAAAGGGGAGGAAACGAAGACCCGGCGCAAAGUGUUUGGAGCUGGUGUUGAAGGGGGCCGAGAGGGGAUUUGUGGAUUUUGUGGGGAGGUGUUUGGAGUGGGAUCCGAAGAGGAGGAUUACGCCCGCGGAGGCGUUACGGCAUGAGUGGCUU